AUGGACGAGCUGUAUCAGCACCUCAAAAUGAUGGACUACAUCAUUAUAUGCUUAACAAACAAGUACCGAAUUGUUCAUAACUAUGUCCAAGGGGUGGCAGACGUUUUUGCAGUCACGAUAGAUGAAUAUCAUAAGCUCAUUCAGAAAAUUAUUUCUCUGUAUAAAGAGAGUCUUUACAACUCUGUCCAUGCUAACCUCGUCCAGCUGAAGAAAGAUGUGGAGAGGCAACGGGCGCACGAUAAAAACCUCACGGAGAUAAAGGAAAAUUUAAAGAGGGCAAUCAAACUGACCAAAACGGGUGAAUUUUCCGCGGCAGUGGAAGCUCCAGAGAAGAAGCAAAUUCAAAUGGACACUACCCUCAAAAUCGACCCCCCCUAUGACACGGCAGCCUUGUACAAAAUUAGGCACUACAGGAAUGCCUUCCUCAAGAGGUACUCGACGAUAACGAAGAACGACAACUACUUGAAUGCAAAUGAGCAGAGGAAGCGCUUCCUCCAGAAGCUGAAGAGUUCCGCGAAGGUAACCAAAGACAGGAACGACCAAGCCGAUGGCAUUUUCAAAGACGAACACAAAAACAUGUUCAGAAUUGUCAGCGAAAAUUACAUUUUUCAACAAUCACAACAAAUGAAGGAGAUAUUAAUUGUAAAUAAAUUUCUGAACAAAGCCAAGGGUAUAAUAAGCGACGUGCCUCAGUUUCUGUGUAAGAUUAUUGACGAGUUCGAGAGGACGGAGUCGGUUGCCCAGGACAACAUGUACCUCUUCGUCUUGCUGGCUUUGAACAAGUGGAUCAAGAAGAUAGUGACCCAGUGUGAGCGCUUCGUCUCAUUGAAGAAAACCAAGGGGUACAAGAAAAAAACAGACAGCGUAGAAAUACACAGAAAGAUGAGUGAUUACAUGAAUGACAUCCUUCAGAGGGGAGCGGAGCAGACCAUGGUGUUCAGCGAAGAGAAGACUCUCUUCCCCUACCCACCAAAUAUCCAUUUCAACGUAAAUACAUCCUUCCUAACGUACUUCUUUUUUUAUAUGAAUAAAAACUUAUUCGACUUUGUGGAGGGUGUCUACUCCACCUCUACGAGGAAGAAGCCGGGACAAAACAAUAAAAAAAAAAAGGUAAAAUUGAUUAAGUGUUAUUCGGCAACAAAGGAGAGUAGCCUCUACAUGAGUAGCGAUAUGUACAGUUACCAGUUUUGCAACGAGCACGAGGAGGAGCACCACCAUCUGUCCAACCUGACGUUCCGCAUAAAUCGAGAAGACAUCUACCCCAACAUAUUCUUAAUUUGUAAUUAUCUCCUACUAGAAGAAACGAAAAAAAUCAUCACCUCAAUUUAUCAGAUUCAGAGGGGAUCCUUUGACCUCCUUCUAUGCUACGAUGCUUCCCUGAUCAUUCAGCUGAUCAUCUGUCUGUUUUCCAACUUGAAGGGGCUCUUCGAUUGGGGCACAAACAACAUCCCUCCAACAACAACCGAAACGACGCCCCCACACAGGGCCGAAGAGGAAGAACCCUACUACGAUGACCUACGCAAGUGCAUUUCCGAAACGAAGAUAAAUUACGUCACGUCAAAUUCAUACGUAAAAUGUUUAGGCCACAUAAGGUUGAUGCUUUUGAAUGUCCUGAAAAUACUACAUACCAUGAUAAAGGGGGGAGAUAGAAGCUAUGUGUGCACCUUCUGGGAGAAGACACACGUCCCCAUGGGGGAGGACAGCUACACACACGAAAGAGAUCACCUCAUACCUGUAAAAAACGUGUGCACCAAAAAAAAUUGCUAUUUCUUCCGUGAGGAAAAACGGGCUGACGAGUCGAAGGAUGGACUAACUCAACAAACGGAGGAACAAACCAAUAAAGCCAUACAAAGGAGGGUACUAUGUUACGACUUCUACAAAUUCGUGAUAGACCACGUGAAGGCGGUUAAGCUGCUAAUGGAAAACAGGAGCAACAGGGAGGAGUACACAGGAAUUCUCCUCAAGAGGAACAACCGGUACAACAUCGACGGAGCAGCGAAGGGGAAGAAGAGUACCCCCGUGCGGGGACGCAAACCAGCAGUGAGGAAGCCUUCCAAAACGAUUGGCCCUUCCGGUGGGGUAAGCAGUACACCGGUCCAUCUCAACCCAACAGAUGGUAAAGCCUCCCCGCAAAUUGCAAAUAAGCCGGUCCCGAAGGGUAAACCAGGCCAGAGAGGUCCCCCCAAGGGUGCUCCCCCAAAAAAGGGACCCCAGUCAAGUGUUAACCCCCCAGCACCAAUCACAACAACCCACACACAGAUUGUCAAAACGCAGGUCACAAAAAUCGGAAGAGGGCUAUCAUCUACCAAACUCAUUUCACAGGAUAUAAGGAAUAAAACCAAGCCUCCCCCUAAAUGGGUGUCAAAUUCGGGGAAAACGAGCGCUUCUUUCACCAAACAGUAG